AUGGAUUUCGACCAAUCCCCAGAUCGUCGAGCCUCACAGGCAAGCUUCUUGUCUUUACAGCAGCUUGACCCUUCCCCGAUCGAUUCUCCGCCAGCAGAUCCCUCUAUUGACCGCCGGGACCUCGGGCCACCGCCGAGAGGAAGCGAUGAUGGUUAUGAGAUGGUUGAUGCUGAUGAUAUUGAGAGGAGCUCAGCAUCUAUCAAGGCGCCUUCGACCGGUGCUCCCGGGCUGAGCGCAAGUACAAACCUCACAAAUGGAGCUACAGGUCCAGGCCCAAUCUUCUAUCUUAUGCGAAUCCAGAAGUUCUCGAGCUACGCAAUGGGUCUAUUCACCUCCCUCCAUCUCGCCAACGUAUCCCUCAUCCCCGCUGUUACUCGCUCUGUCCCUGGCUCCGAGACGUACCUCCUCAUGACUCGUGAAAUCUACCAGACCUCCCUUACGGAACCAAUUCUCGUCGCUCUCCCUGUUAUCGCCCAUAUUGGAUCAGGAAUCGCUCUUCGACUGUUGCGGAGAUCACAGAACAUGAAACGUUACGGUGCUGCGACCCCUGGGAUGUACGCUCUCCAUCGUUCAAGGACAGAACUUGAGAAUCAAAGGAGAGCUUCUUCGCCAUGGCCACCACUGAGCUAUAUCUCGAUAUCCGGUUACGCUUUUUCCGUCUUCUUCGCCGCCCAUGUCUUCGUCAAUCGUGUUCUGCCCUUGCAAGUUGAGGGCGACAGUUCCAAUAUCGGCCUCGCCUACGUCGCACAUGCUUUUGCUCGACAUCCUAUCACUUCUUGGGUUUCUUACGUCGGUCUUCUUGCUGCUGGUUGCGGGCAUAUGAUCUGGGGUCAGGCCAAGUGGUUUGGUCUAUCGCCUACGACGAAAUACAUCUGGGGUACAAGUACCGCACCCGCGGAGAAGAGAGCCAGGAAGCAAAGGAGAAGGAGAUGGGUCGCUCUCCACGGAGCUUCAGUCGCCUUUGCUGCUCUUUGGGCAGUUGGAGGCCUAGGGGUCGUCGCGAGGGGAGGUCUCAUGGAAGGUUGGAUAGGAAAGGUGUAUGAUGAUAUCUUCGCAGCGGUGGGGUUGUGA